AUUCUCAGUUCGAGCCGCGGCAUUCACGGCGCAACACAAGCGCGCCUCAGCAGUCGCCAGUCCCCAGAAUCCUCGUCAGUAAACGACCGUUAAUUGCCUAUUAAGCCAAGCAUAACCAUAACCGAGAGCUGGCCAAUGCAAUGAGCUAAUUACCCAAAAAUUACCCAAGUGCGAUUACAAACUAAUACACAUUAAUAAUAGUAAUAGUAAUACUAAUUGUCAAGUUCAAGUCGAGUCAAGAUGGAAAUGAAGACAGCGGGCAAUGGAACUGCCACAGCGGAGAAGAAAGAUGAGGAGAAGCAGAAGGGCGGGGAGCGUUCGAAUUGGGGCAAUGGCCUGGAAUUCCUCAUGUCCUGCAUAUCCGUAUCCGUGGGCCUGGGCAAUGUCUGGCGAUUUCCCUUUACCGCCUACGAGAAUGGAGGGGGUGCCUUCCUGAUACCCUACAUCAUAGUCCUGUUUCUGAUUGGUAAGCCCAUGUACUAUCUGGAGAUGAUAAUUGGCCAGUUCACCAGCCAGGGAACUGUGAAGAUCUGGUCUGUGGUGCCGGGAUUUGUGGGCGUGGGCUAUGGCCAGGCCUUUGGCACUAUUUGCAUCAUCUCGUACUAUUCCUCGCUGCUGGCCCUCACCCUGUACUACCUCUUUGUGUCCUUUCAAUCGGAUCUGCCCUGGUCCUACUGCCGGGAUGAGUGGACCAACUGCGUUGACUCACGGCCAGCGGAACAGGUGGAAAACCUCCUCGACAGUAGCUUUUCCCCGGCAAAUGCCUCAUUGGCCAGCAAUGUCAGCGAGGUCAAGCUUCAGAGCAGCUCCGAACUCUACUUCCUAGACGUGGUGAUCAAGGAGAAGCUGGACAUAUCGGACGGAAUUGGUAACCCAGACUGGAUGCUGACACUGGCCCUGUUUGUUGCCUGGGUGGUCAUCUUCCUGGUGAUUAUGCGCGGCGUGAAGAGCUCCGGCAAGGCGGCCUACUUCCUGGCCCUGUUCCCCUACGUGGUCCUCUUGGUCCUGCUCGUCCGUGCCGUCACUCUGGAGGGUGCCAAGGAUGGCAUCAUCUUCUUCCUGGAGCCGCAGUGGGGCGAACUGUUGAAUCCCACGGUUUGGAAGAAUGCGGUGGUCCAGUGCUUCUUCUCGCUGGCCGUGGGCUCUGGGCCCAUCAUCAUGUUCGCCUCGUACAAUCGCUUCGAUCAUGGCAUUUAUCGCGAUGCAAUGAUUGUGACGACAUUGGACACUUUGACGAGCCUGCUGGGCGGCAUUACGAUAUUUGCCAUUUUGGGUAACUUGGCGCACAACCUGCAGAUUGAUAAUAUCCAGGAUGUGGUGCGCAGUGGCACUGGAUUGGCCUUCAUCUCAUAUCCGGAUGCCAUCUCAAAGUUCCAGGCAGUGCCGCAGCUCUUUUCGGUGCUGUUCUUCUUCAUGUUGUUUGUCCUGGGAAUUGGAUCGAUUGUGGCCCUGCAGAGCACCAUUGUGACAAUCAUUUGUGAUCAAUUCAAGGGCUGGAAAUACUGGAAGGUGGCACUGACCACCUCGGUUUGUGGUUUCCUCAUGGGACUGGUCUAUGUGACGCCGGGCGGUCAAUGGAUACUCACUCUGGUGGAUUUCUAUGGCGGCACCUAUGUGGUCUUCAUUUUGGCCAUUUUUGAAUUGGCUGGCAUUAUGUGGGUUUACGGUCUGCAGAAUUUCUGUGAUGACAUCGAGUUCAUGUGCAAUCGUCGUGUGUCCUUGUACUGGCGUAUGUGUUGGUCCUUCUUUACGCCCGUAAUGAUGAUCAUCAUCUUCAUUUACUCGAUGGCCACCAUUGAACCGAUUAAAUACAGUGAAAUAUAUUUCCCAGAGCCUGCAAAUGUGGCUGGCUGGCUGUUGUUUGGCAUUGGAGCUGCCCAGUUCCCGCUGUGGGGCAUUUGGUACAUCUCUCGUCAUAGAGAGGGCAGUAUCUGGCAGUCUCUGAAGGCCUCGAUGAAGCCCAGCGAUCGUUGGGGCCCUGCCAAUGCUGAUGUGAAGCGCGAAUGGCAGAUAUUUAAGAACCAAAAGGCCGCCCAGAGAGCCGCUCAGAAGGAGUCCGCGAAAAUGGGCUACUUUUGGCAGAAGAUUGGUAAUUUCUGCGGCAGCAACAACUAAUUUGGGGAGGAGUAUACCUUUUAGGAUAUCAUCAUUCUGGGGGGGAAUAUCAGAGAUUACGAUUACCAUAGCGCCGCCUGUUAGUUAUACGCCAUAUUUGUCAGUCUCCAUUAAAGCCAUCAACAAAAGCGAA